ACGGCAGGCAGCGUUCAGUUUCAGUGGAUCUCGCCUUCAUUCGCGUAACGCGCGUACUGUUCGUCGUGAGGAAACGCGUAUCAAAUCUGUUUUUUCCCGUCGUGCACUUGAAUUAAACUUUAAUUGAAACUUUUGUUGGGCGUGGUACAUCCUCAAUAAAAAUGGCACAAAGCACCAGACUUAUCGCUCUAACAAAUGUUAAAGGACUGUUGAAUAAAAAUCACGGAAAUGGAAUUACAUCCUAUUCCACGAGGCUCGCAAGUUCUUGGUGGUCCCAAGUGGAAAUGGGUCCCCCUGAUGCCAUCCUCGGAGUCACAGAAGCUUUCAAAAGAGACCAAAAUCCAAAAAAAAUUAAUCUUGGUGUUGGAGCUUAUAGAGAUGACAAUGGGAAGCCUUUUGUCUUACCCAGUGUUUUGAAGGCUGAAGAAAAAAUUAAAUCAAAAUCACUGGACAAGGAAUAUUCUCCAAUUUCUGGCAAUCCCGAGUUUUGUCAGCAUAGUAUAAAUUUGGCUCUGGGAGAUGGUAAUGAAAUAGUAACCAGUAAAUUGAAUGCCACGGUUCAAGGAAUUUCAGGCACAGGCUCCCUUUGCAUAGGAGCGUUUUUUCUAGCACGUUUUUUCCCUGGAAGUAAAGAUAUUUAUCUGCCAACGCCAUCCUGGGGAAACCACACACCUCUGUUCAAACUUGCAGGACUUAAUGUUAAAUCAUAUCGUUACUACGAUCCCAAAACUUGUGGCUUGGAUUUUCAGGGUGUUUUAGAAGACAUUUUGAAAAUGCCAGAAAAAUCGAUUGUUCUUCUCCAUGCUUGUGCUCACAAUCCCACGGGUGUUGAUCCGAGACCUGAGCAGUGGGCCGAAUUAUCCGCGCUAAUAAAGAAGAAAAAUUUGUUUCCAUUUUUUGAUAUGGCUUAUCAAGGAUUUGCUUCUGGUGACGUCACGAAAGACGCGUUAGCCGUACGGUUGUUUGUCAAGGAAGGCCACGAAAUAGCCCUGGCUCAAUCAUAUGCAAAGAACAUGGGUCUCUAUGGUGAACGAGUUGGAGCAUUUUCCCUUGUGACAAAAAGUCCGGACGAUGCUGCACGAGCUUUGUCGCAAAUAAAGAUUCUCGUCCGUCCUAUGUAUUCAAACCCACCUAUCAAUGGUGCCCGCAUUGUUAGCGAAAUCCUCGGCGAUUCUGAACUCAAAAAAGAAUGGUUGAACGAUGUUAAAGGCAUGGCCGAUCGCAUCAUUUCAGUCCGUACAAAACUACGCGAUUAUCUUAAAAAGAAUGGAAGUUCUCGCGACUGGAGUCACAUUACUGACCAAAUUGGGAUGUUCUGCUUCACUGGACUCAAAGCACCAGAGGUCGAAAAGUUGACCUCCGAUUUCAGCAUUUAUCUGACCAAAGAUGGAAGAAUAUCGAUGGCAGGAGUAACAUCCAAAAAUGUCGAGUACCUCGCACACGGAAUUCACGAAGUUACUAAAUGAUUCAUAUUAUUAUUUUAAUUCAUAUUAUCCGAAGGAUGGUACAAUCGUUUACAGAAAAACAAAUGAUACGAAUUCAGUUACGAAAGCACUUUUAUUUAAGUCAAUGCAUUUCUUUCAUCGACAGCCUUAUUUUGCUAAAUGCACUGCUGGCAGUGUGACACAAGUCAUUCCCGUAUCGGGGAUCUAUCAGCAGAUCCAGACAAUUAAACACACUAGAAUUCCACAAUUUUUGACACAUUUUACAGAAUUAUAUAGAUGUAGAUUUUUUCGAAUUAUAAACUGUACCUACUUGAGCUUACGCUUGAAUACGUACAUAUUGUAAAAUGAAUAAAAAUAUAUAUAUUCCUUUGUGAA